ACCUGCUACAGAAAACAACCCUAUUCACAUGUAAGGAAUGGAAGGGACAUCUGUGAUCCUGUCCUAUUCUAAAAGAGGAUUAAUUAUAUGAAGAGACCCAGCACAGCAGACUCAGGGAGGAAGCGAUUGCACGGUGAGUGAGGGCAGCCUUUGGACAAGCCCCUUCCUGAGCAGUGGAUGUCAGAAUGAGUGAGCAGCAGAACGGAGGGAUUUGUGCGCCAAAUACAGAAGCUAGACACAUAAAAAAGACAUGUAAAGAAUCUGCAUGACCUAAACUGAGACCAUGCCAGUCACAGCACCCAAUCCAUUUGAAGAGAACACCCCGCUGGACCGUCCCGCCCCCGAGGGGGGCAAUCCCUUUUUUGAUUAUGAGGGGGAGGGUAAGAGGGAACCUAUGGGAUCAGAUGCAAAGCGUCGAGGAACACUUGAGAAAAUUGCUGGACUUUCACCAUUCUGGAAAGGAGGAAAGAGUCUUUUAGGGGUGAAAGGGGCGCCUGAGAAAAGACGAGGAAGGAGAAGAUCGGAAGAUGUCAGCCUCUUGUCUCUCGGACGCAAAAAGGAGGGUGGAGAGGAAGAAGGCGGUGGUCCUGGGGGAGGAGUCAAGCGUCUCUCCUUCUUAUGGCUUGGUGGCAGUGGAGUAAACUCAGGGAACCGAUCUCGGCGGGAGUCCAUGGUGGAGGUGGUUCCUGAAAGCAAUGAGGUUAUCCGAGAAGCAGAGAAACCUCGAGAGCCCCUCUCUGUUCUGGAAAUCCUUCAGCUCAUCCAGCGGCGGGAAUUGCGCUCAGCCGACCAGCAUAUUAUAGAACUCGAAGCCGAAUGUGACGGAGAGCUGAGUCCUGUGGGCCUGAAGAGUCCAGGCCGACAGGCCAAAGAUGUGACACUGCUGUACGAGGCCCUGAUGAAGGAGAUGUGGGCAGUGGUGGAAGAGUCCCUCAACAAUAAAGGGAAACACCUGAAACUGGAUGAGGUCAUCGGUGUCAUCCAGCAGGAGGAGGCCCGGGAAAACCCUCACGGCAAAAAGAACAUGAGGGCACAUUGGGCAGAGGCCGUGCAGAGCAGCGUGCAACAGAGGCUAAAGAGCAACCUAGAGGGCAAAAUGGGUUCCCUGCCGUCCCAAGCCGACCGAGUGAAGAGAAUUGUGGUAGAAGACCUGACCUCAGUGAAGAACUAUCUGGUUUGUUCCUACCCCAGGGACUUUGAGGUUUUCAGGAUCUACCUUUCCGCCUACCACCGAGGAGUAGCCGACUGGCUCAGUGCAGCCACCCAACGGGAUCUGGAGACCAAUGACAUCUACUUUAUUCUAGACUGGAACAGUAAUGUCUACUGCAGGGAUAUCCUAUCCAGACCAGAGAUCUCCCCAAUCAUUAACCCUUAUGAGUUGGGGCCCCUGCUGACCAGUGACACCCGGACCAUGUUGGAGCAGCAGUACGUCAGCCUCAUACAGCAUCGCAUUUCACACCGACUGGAGGAAGAACUAAAGGUAGAACAAGAUCGCUGGAUGCAGACGAUGAGGAACGAGGAUCUGCAUUCAGGCUUCAGCGGAAGAAUUAUCCAGAUUAUGAAGCCAAACAUUGACCGCGCGCCUGUGAUCAGUGAAGGUUUCGGGAUUAUGGUGUCUAUGUCCUGCCUUGGCUGCUUCUCCGAAUUCCUGAGCAGGUUCCACAAGUCUGUAGAGAGAUUUUACAUAGAGCAGGAAGGGUUAACAGAGACCACCGAGGCCUUCAUCUUCUGCAUCAUCAGCAUCGUCAACUGCUGCCCCCCAUUCCGGGAAUUUACGAGUCGCAUGACGCAACUAGCUAAGGGAGAUGGAGCGGAUCUUCAGGGUCAGGCUGAGGGGUCCCUGGACCGGAUCACGGCUCUCGCCACUCGGGCCAUCUCUGACCUGAUUCUGCUAGACAUAAAGCCAUUUUCCAAGAAGCUCCUGGGGCGGCGAUGGUUGAACAAUUCAGAGGCCUGCGAAGGGAUUGUAUCCAUUUUGGGGGAACGCACAUCUGCCUUACGUAAACUGAGCCCAGGACCUUACCACGCUGCCAUAUCAGAGCUUCAUCGCAGGAUUGUGCUGGAACUGGUUCGCCCCCUGAUACAAGGCAAAAUGUCCUGCACCACCUCCAAGGCCAGGAGGAAAGUGGCCGCCAAACUGAGAGAAGAGUCUAAGCAACUGGGGCAGAUCUUCAGCAAGUUGGAAUCUCCCCAAGCCACCCUGGACCAGGUCAUUCCUCGUCUUACUGAGAUCCUUGUCCUGGAGGAUACAGCGUCUAUCCAGAUGGAGGUGGGGAUGCUGGUGUCCGACUUCCCAGACUUCAGGAAGCGUCAUCUGUCUUCUCUACUGGAUGUCCGAGGCUUGUGGGACCCCAGCUCCAGGCACCAGAUCUUGGGUGUCCUCCACGACUUAGAAGGUGCCGAUGCUUUGCCUCCUUGCCGGAGCGCUCCAGGCUUUUUCUCUGAGAUUGGCCUCACCCGAGACACCCGCUGCCUAAAUAUCAGUCUCUCCAGGGCCUCCCAGUUUGGUCGCAGAACUUUGAGUAGGUUCAGCCAUCGGCAAAGAAGCACUUCGAGACCUUCUAGUGGUGGAUUAGGUAAUGGAGAAGAAGAUACACAGCUCUAGAUGCCCGCAGCUAUACGUGGCUAGGGUCACAGCUAACAAGGAAGUAAAGGGUGGAGAAAUCAUAAAAUCAUGGACAUGAGACCCCACCGUAUGUAUAUUACACCCACAUCAUCAAGAUGCCAACUAUAGGGGAUGGCGGGCGCCUGAUUCUUGUCCCCCAGAAGAUUUGUCAUCUCCUUCUGUUACUGCCGCAGAGGCUUCUCCUGGACUCAUAUGAGACUGAUGCCCCCAGCAGACGACCUUUAUGUACAUGUAGAAUAUAUUCUGAUGGUUCAAUGAUAAUAAAUAUUAA